AUGGAUUCAUUCACCUAUCUGAUUCGACCUUCAAUAGAGGCUGUAGAUGCAGCAAACAAAGAUGUAAAAAAUGAUGAUAAUGAGGAAAAAUGUGAGGAAAAAUCAUUGAAAGACGUGAUUUAUGGACAAUCUGAAGAACUGGUCACAACUGAUAUUCGGAAUCAACCGGAGAGUUUAACAACACCUCAAAGUAUUAUUCAAAUGAUUAGCAGACAAUUGGAACAUGCACAAGAGCUUUUGAAUGAAAGUGAAGCAACAAAUGCGAGAUUGGUAGAGCAAACGAAACUUUUGAAGGAAGAGAUUCGUAGAAUGGAACGUGAUAAGGAGCGUGAAAAUCAUUUGUCUAAUACUGAGUAUUUGAAGAAUGUUAUCAUGAAGUUCAUUGCACCGGAAAAAGUCACCGAUGAACGUGGUCAUUUGAUACCUGUUUUGACAACAAUGCUGAAACUAACCAAUGAGGAAGUGAAUUUGCUCAGUCAGCGAAUGUUACGACGAAUAAUACGACAGCAUCUACUUGGAGAAAUUAUAUUUGGUCUGGUUUAUCUUAGUAGUUUAUUUUCAUCUCCUUAUUGGCUAUAG